CCCGUUAAACCUGAAAACGGAAAUUUUUUUCCGAAAAUUUUUUUCCACCACGAGAGGUGGAAAUAUCUUUCGAGAAAUAUUUUUUUGCCCGUUAGGGCUCGCCUUUUCCUCGUCAACGUUUCGCAUCGUCCUGCUGCUGCUGCGUUUUUCUCCUUCCCUCUCCCUCUCUCCUCCUCGUCAGAGACCGUCUCUCCUCCGCUGGACAGCCGUGAUCCUCCAGCCGUCCGCCGUGUGUUACGAUGCGGUGUAUCUAUUAGCCAGACCAAUAUGGGUUACGUGAAUAAUGGUUCAGAAAUAAUGGAGCGCAGCCACAAAAAAACUGGAAAAAAAAAGCGAUCUUUAUCAGAGACUGAUCUCGUGGAUACAGAAAAGAAUGUUGAUAAUGACCUUGUAAAUGAGGCUAUGAACUCAUACAACAUGGAGGAGCCUACAAUGGAAGAAAAACUUGCAAAUCUAGACCUAAGAGAUGGUUCCAAAAUGAUUAAGCCACUUGAUGAGAAUAAUCUGGAGGAUCGGCUACCUAGUGCAGACUCCGUUGGCGUUUUGCUUCAACAAGCACUGAAUGCUGAUGACAGAGCUCUUUUGUUGGAGUGCCUUUACACACAAGAUGAAAAGGUUAUUAGGAAAUCGAUCAUUUCGCUGAAUCCAUCACACUUCUUCAAGCUUUUGAGUUAUAUUGCGUCUGUAAUCCAGUCAAGGGGAGCUGUAGUAGCUUGCACGAUUCCAUGGUUAAAAAAUCUGAUACUUCACCAUUCUAGCAGUCUGAUGUCCCAAAAUUCUUCACUUCGUGCACUGAAUUCUAUAUCUCAGCUUAUUGAAUCAAGGACAUCAAAUUUUGAAUCAGCACUCAAGUUAUCUACUUGCUUGGACCUUUUAGAGAUAUCUGAUGAUGCAGUAGCUGAUAUAAGCAUGACACCAGCUGUUGUAUAUGAAGAUAAGGACGAUAGUGAUGGAGAAUUAACAGAUGCUACUGAAACUGAUGAAGAUGGAGAAGAAAGUGAAGAGGCCUUCCUAUAAAAGAAUCCGAGUGAUGGCAUAAUGCAUGGGCUGCACUGAAGAUCCAGUUGGGCUAUGGAUCAUGACAUACAAGGUGUGCGUGAUUAGAGGUAAGCAUGUAAAUUGAGUCUUCCAGUUGUGACAGUAUCCUGUUGAGAUGAACUCUGUUGUGAUAGUCCAUUGGACAUAAAAAAGUGGUGAAGUGCACGUAUCUGCUACCUAGGUUUACUUUGGUUUGUGAUCACUGCUAUUUAAACGCAUGAGCUGAUAAUAGUGAUCGACAGGAAGAUGCUUAAAGCAAA